CUGUCGUAGAACGUUGCCCCUGAUAGCCCAAUUAAAGCUAAUCAGGAUUUAUCAUUUCAGAGACAGUGAGCUGAAUUAGCUAAAAUCCCAAAGAUUUACAAGUAUGCCUUCUAUAUGUAUAUAGUUAUAAUUUAACUGCAAUCUGCAUUUAUGCAUUUAAUGGCGUGCAAUGACGCACACUAAUGGCCGACAAUUUCCUGUCUUGUUUCUCUAUUGAUUACCCAACAUACCCAGAUCUAUUUGCCAAAUCAUUUUAGUCCCAUUGGCCAACUAGCCUCCAUUAUUUCUUAUCAGUCGUUUGUGUUGUGCCUUGUGCAAAAAGUGUGUUGUGAUGACGACUUAAUCAACCACUUCAAACAAACACCAAAAUUAUUUAUAAAACGGCCUGUACUGGGGCUACGGAACGCAUUUGAAAACCGUCUGCCACAGACAUAAGAAGAUUUUCUAAACUUUCGUGAAUGGGGCGCUAUGAAUAAUCUAUCAAAUAGUAAACGCGAACCAAAUCCCUAUCUAAAGGCGAAUAUAUUCUCGAAAUGGUUUUUUCUAUGGAUGCGCCAUGUAUUUCGGCAAGGCCGACGAGAAGAGCUCUCGCAAAACGGUCUAUACGCAAAUUUACACUAUUUCGAUAGUAACAAAUUGACGGAGGACUUGCAAAAGCCAUGGAUACGUGAAUCUCAACGCAAGCAGCCAAGUUCGCUGCAUCUGAUCUUUGCCCAUUAUGGAUGGCAGUUUGUGCCUGCCUGCGUGAUCUAUUCAAUUCUGGAGAUCGUUAUACAUGCCUUUCAGCCACUCUUUUUAGGUGGCUUGAUUUCCUACUUUGCCGAGGGGCAAACUAGCAUUACCAAGGAAAGCGCCUAUCUGUAUGCGAUGGGCAUUGUGCUGUGCGCGUUGGUCACGUCAGUGGUAUUUCAUCCAUUUAUGUUUUACGUCUUUGCCGUGGGCACAAGGAUUCGAGUGGCCUUUGCUGGUCUGAUAUACAGGAAAUGUUUGCGUGCAGCGAUCAAUGGGCGGGAGGGACUUGGCGCUCUGGCGAUAUCAGUGAUGUCCAUUGAUUUGCCACAGUUCGAUUUGACAUUCUACUUCUUUCAUGACUUGUGGAAGGGACCCGUUGAGGCGUGCCUCUUUGGCUACAUCAUGUACACUGAGAUUAACUGGACGGCUUUGAUAGGCAUUGUCUUCAUAGUGCUGCUAAUUCCACUUCAAGCGUGGGCUGCCAAAGCAGCAGCCAAAUUUCGCACCAGAUCAGCGGAUCAACGGGAUCGCCGUGUGAAGCUGAUGAACGAGAUUAUAAGUGCCAUGCAGGUGAUCAAAAUGUAUGCGUGGGAGCAGUCCUUUGCAAAGUUGAUAGUUAAAGUGCGUAAGAUGGAGGUUAAAGCCAUCCGAGGUUCCGUUAGCAUAUACGCGGCGCUGCAGUGCACCAACAUGAUAUCGAAGGUGUCCUUGUUCCUAAGCCUCAUUGCUUAUGUGUAUACAGGUGAAGCGGUUACGGCUAGAAAAGUGUUUAUACUCUCGUCCUACUACAGUUUGCUGAAUGAUUCCCUGCUGCACUUUUGGCCCUUAGCUAUUACCACCUGGGCGCAGACUGUGGUGAGCGCAAGGCGAGUGACUGAGUUCCUACAACAAACUGAAUCGCCUACAAGCGAGAGCUGCUCCUCCAACUGUAGAGACAAUCCUACCAUACGAUUGGAUUUUAAUAAGGCACCUGCGAAGCCUCUCCCUGUGGGUCGACUGCACUGCAUAGAGAGCAUGGAAAAGUCCCUCACUUUUAGCCAUGUCACCGCCAGCUGGAACAAGCCAAGCCUUAAACAGGCACGAACUGUGCAUAUUGAGGACAUCAGCUUUAAGCUUCUUCCCACACAAUUGGUGGGCAUUGUGGGUAACGUGGGCUCUGGCAAGAGUACGCUCCUAAACGUCAUCUUAGGCGAAGUGGAACUCAUGCAGGGUCGCAUAGAAGUGCAUGGCAAGCUGAGCUAUGCCCCACAAGAGCCCUGGAUAUUCCAGGCCAGCAUACGUGAUAAUAUAGUCUUUGUGGAGCCAUACGAGGAGCAGCGCUAUCGAGCUGUUGUGCAUGCCUGCCAGCUGGACUGUGAUCUAGCUAUGCUGCCCCACGGUGAUGCCACUGUGGUGGGCGAACGGGGCAUCAGCUUAAGUGGAGGACAGAAGGCGAGAAUAAGUCUGGCCCGUGCUGUAUAUCGAAAAGCAGAUAUAUACUUAUUCGAUGAUCCCCUUGCUGCGGUGGACUCACGCGUGGGUAAACUGCUAAUGGACAAGUGCUUUAAUCGGUUCCUAGGAGACAAGCUGCGCAUAUUAGUUACGCAUCAUGUACAGUUACUGCAGAAUGUGGAUCACUUGAUGCUUUUCGAGUCCGGACGUCUAACCCAGCAAGGCACCUAUGCGGAGCUGCGAGACGUUAUUGAGAAACAUGCAGCACCCGAUCUGGAUGCCAUUGAAUCAGAUAAGCAGCUGGUGAAACGAGUCCUUAGCCAAGUUGACAGAAACUCCAAGCUAUUCCAGGAUACUAAAGAGACGGUGAAUGAUCAACCUAAUAAGGAGAGUGCCUUCUCAGAGCACCAGCAACAAGGAGCUGUUAGCUACGCUACUUAUAUGGAUUACUUUCGCGCUCUUCGCUCACCCACCUUAGUUUGCCUGGUGUUUGCGCUCUUCAUUGUCGCUCGAGUUUGCCAAGCACUAAUGGACAUCUUCAUUUCACGCUGGGCUACCUGGGAGGAGAAUCGUGGAACACCCCAGGAAUUUGAAAAGACUCGUGCUCAAAUGGUUACUUGGUACGCGGUGCUCUUGGUGUGCACCUUGGCCCUCUACUUGUUGCGAACCUUUGGCUUCUUUCUGUUAUGUUUACGUAUUUCACUACGAUUGCAUAAUUUACUUUUCGAUGGGAUUAUACGUGCUCGCAUGUUGUUCUUUAAUGUCAAUCCCUCGGGUCGAGUACUUAAUCGCUUCUCCAGUGAUAUUGAGAACGUGGAUGUGGCCUUGCCACAGGCAAUGAUGGAUUCCCUGCAGUUCUUUGUGGAUGUGGUGGCUGUCUUGGUUAUCGUGGCAAUCGCCAAUUAUUGGCUACUCAUUCCAGCAGCUAUCAUGGCGGUCUUGAUGUACUUUUGUCGUUCUUUUUACAUAGGCGCCAGUCGCAGUCUGAAACGCAUUGAAAGCUUAACUCGUAGUCCAGUUUACACGCAUGCCAAUCAAACGUUUCAGGGCUUGACUACUAUACGAGCAUUGGAUGCGAUGCCGCAAUUGGAGCACACUUUCCAUGGCCAUCAGAAUACGAACUCGUCUGCGCUUUUUCUCUACACAAGCGCCAAUCGUGCCUUUUCCUUUUGGACGGAUCUCAUUUGUGUCGUUUACAUACUAGCGGUGACAUUCAGUUUCCUGGUUAUAAAUGAGACCUUCUACAGUGGCGAUGUUGGCCUGGCUAUCACACAAUCAAUGACCCUGGUCAUAAUGUGUCAGUGGGGCAUGAGGCAGACGGCGGAGCUAGAGAAUAAAAUGACCAGUGUGGAGCGCAUAUUGGAGUAUGCGAGGACCCCAUCGGAGCCACCUUUGGAAACAGCAAAGGAGCUAAAUCUUGCAUCUGAAUGGCCACAACAGGGCCAUUUACGCUUUUGUAAUCUACGCAUGAAAUAUGCUCCGGAUGAUAUCGAAAUUUUGAAAGGCUUGACCUUUGAGUCGCAGCCCAUGGAGAAGAUUGGCAUCGUGGGACGCACAGGCGCUGGCAAGUCUUCGAUAAUCCAAGCACUGUUCCGCCUUGCCAUCAAUGAGGGGCUUAUCGAGAUAGAUGGUCAGGACAUUGCCUUAUUGGGCUUGCAUGAUCUGCGCAGUCGCAUCUCAAUCAUACCACAGGAGUCAGUCCUCUUCUCCGGAACAUUGCGAUUCAAUCUCGAUCCGUUUGGAAUGAAGAGCGAUGAAGAGCUUUGGAACGCACUCGAGGACGUGAAGCUGAAGAAAUACGUGGCCAGCUUGGAGGGAGGCCUCUCAUGCUAUAUGCAAGACGGCGGAUCGAACUUCAGCAUGGGCCAAAGGCAAUUGGUUUGCUUAGCCCGAGCCAUCCUCCGCAAUAAUCGAAUACUCAUUAUGGACGAGGCGACUGCUAAUGUGGAUGCGGACACUGACAAGCUUAUACAGGAAACAAUUCAUACCAAGUUUGCCCAGUGCACGGUGUUAACCAUUGCUCAUCGUCUUCACACAGUCAUGGACAACGACAGCGUCCUGGUUGUAGAUGCAGGAAAAAUAAUCGAAUUCGGAGCCCCACAUAAGCUCUUGCAGCUGGAGAAUGGUGCUCUCUUAAAACUAGUUAAACAAAAUGAUAAGGUCACAGUUAAUCAACUCAAGAAAAUUGCUGCAGAUAGUUACAUGCGUAAGAACAAAUAAA